AUGCAGUGCAGGUCCAGCACAGGUCUCUUCUCAUCGAUGGAGGUAGCGUGCCAACCGACAGGAUCCGAGGUCAGUCAGGUGACGCAGCGAGCGUCGAGUCGAGAUCUUCAGGUCAGGUCCAACAGAGCAGAGAGCCAACAGGGUCAGAGCCACACUGCCUCAGAGCCAUCAGGAGCAUGUCCAAAGAGUAAGGAUCGCCGAGCGCAGGUCCCGGCGACAGUCAGGACGCUCGAGCAGUUCGCGCGCGAGAUCAGGUCCCAAUCAUGCAGUCAGACACAGGUAAGGAGCGCACUAGCGAGUCGAUUCCCCGGAGCCCGGGUACAUCCCCGAGUCAGUCGCACCAGUCAGUCCAACAGUCAGUAUCCAACAUAG